AAACCCUCAAGCCAAACAAAAACCUCUCGUUAUUACAGAACGGAGAAACAGAAACCCAAAGGGUCGGCGUUACAGUCUCUUUGUCUAUCUCUCUCUCUCUCUCUCUUUUACGAUUCUCCUUAAUUCUUUGACCAAAUUCCAUGGCUUUCUGGGGAGUUGAAGUGAAGCCAUCAAAAGCUUUCACUCUUAAGGCUAAUGAAUCAACAGGAAUCAGAAGACUUCACCUUUCCCAGGCGACAUUGGGGCUUGGCAGUGCAACAAACAGAAGUAUUCUUCAGUGUAUCGUUGGGAACAAGAGUCCCCUCUUCUUAUGCGUCUUGACUCCUGAAAAGGUUGAUACUUGCCAACUGAAUCUGGAGUUUGAAGAAGCUGAUGAAGUUAUCUUCUCUGUCAUCGGACCUCGGAGCAUUCACCUCACUGGCUACUUCCUGGGGAAGAGUGCUAGUUUUAGGCUAAAUGAUAGUGAAUCGGAGUCAUAUGGAGUAGACAUUGUUGACACUGACAUGGAGAAAGGUAGCAGUGAUGAUUAUGACUACAGUGAUAGUUUCAUAAAUGAUGACGAACCCUGUGGCCGUGGUUCACGUGUGUCUAGUUCUGAUGAUGAUGAAAUAUCUAUUAAGGAGAUGGCAGCUAAAACAAAAGACAAGAAGAAAAAUGGAAAAGGUAGAAGACUAAUGAAGAAGUUUCAAGUCUCUAAUUCAGAAUCGGAUGAAACCUCGGCUAGAGAUGAUGAUUCUAGCAAUGAGGAUUCUGUAGAAAUACUUAAUAAUGGCAAUGAGCACAAGAUCCCGAAGGUUCUUUCUUCAGAUAGUCCUCUGCCUUCAAGGGUUACGAGGUCGAAGGCACGAAGUUCGACUUUGGAAAAUGUUGAGUCUAAUGCCAAGUGUGAGAAGACAUCAGAAGCAAGAGCUGAUACUCGCAUGACUCUGGAUAAAAGGGAGGAUAAAACAUUGGGUGAUGUUAAUCUUUCUCCCGUUCUGAAAGGGUGUGAAAUUCUUUCGAAGAAAAAAAGAAACAAAGAAAGGUCCAAGAGUUCAGCUACAAUUAACUUAGAUGAAGGAGAGGAGAAAAAUAUGCCUAAAAUUCUUCAGAAUGAGAAGCCAUCUACUGACAAGGGGAUCAAAUCAUCAAGUGAUGUAUUACCCUCUCAGAAUGAUGAGGCAAUUCUAUCAAAGAAAAAGAGGAAAAGGGAUAGGAGAGAGGAGACUACAGAUGCCCCAGAAAAUCUAGUUGAAUGUUCUAAGAAGAAGAAACAAGCUAUCGACAAGAACAUUGAGAAAGAACCUGAAGUGACCAUUGAAGAGAUUGAAAAAGGAUCGUUAGAUGGAAAAGCAGCUGUUAAAGGGAAAAAGGUCAGUAUACUCUAUACUGGCAAGUUGAAAGACACCGGGAAAUUGUUUGAAUCAAACUUGGGAGAAGCUCCACUAAGAUUCCGCUUAGGUAAAGAAAAUGUCAUAGAAGGUCUCAGCAUUGGUGUUGAAGGGAUGCGAGUUGGAGAUAAGAGAAGACUCAUAAUUCCGCCAUCCCUCGGGUACUCAAAAAAGGGACUGAAGGAACAGGUGCCUAAGAAUGCGUGGCUUGUCUAUGAAGUGGAGGCAGUAAAAAUUAGAUGAUCGCAUUGGCUUUUGACCUUUUUAAUACAGGCGUAGGGUUUUGCUCUGAGCCAAACUGUUAUGUCACAUGGAAAUUUUCAUUGGCUCCUCCUGCUUCCUGUUUUACACAGUAAUUUGCUUUUUUUUUUGGGUUUGCUCGAAUCUUACAAAACACAAAAUUUUCCUGAUUGUUCAUUCAAUAUAUUUCCAGUAUUUAAACGGGUUA